AGGCUUGUUUGUGUUUCUGCAUUGACGUGUGUUAUUCCAGCUUAUAAGCCAUUAUGUGUAGCUAGAUAUAGCUAUUAUAUGCAUCUGUCCCGCUAUCAUGGCUGUUCUCCACUAGAAUACUGUUAGUUGUGCAUGCGAUAGCACGUCUCUCCUAUAUUCCUGGCCUUCGGAUAAGCUGAAGAUGGGCGUGUAUGGUGUGGCGCUACUGCUGGCAAGCUGCCUCUGUGUUUCUCUUGUACAGAAUGCAGCUGGUGCCUCUCGUCGCGAAUACUUGAAUCUCCUGCAUGCUUUACAACAUGACCGAGCACUGCAGGACCCUUAUAUCCGAGCUAGAUGUGAUUUGCAGAAUAACCCUGAUCUGUCUGACGACAUAAAGGCAGCAAACAAUGUACAAGGCGCUGUCACAUUCAAGCAACUGAAAACUGGCGGGAGUUUGUCUGUAUCUGUGAGUCUGACUGGUCUGGAUGUGUCCAGCGCCGAUCUUCACGGCUUCCACGUGCAUCAGUUCGGCGAUCUGACCAACGGAUGUGGAUCGACUGGUGGGCAUUUCAACCCAUCGGGCAAGCAACACGGUGGGCCCCAAGACGUAGAAAGGCAUGUUGGAGACUUUGGGAAUGUGGAACGGAACAGCGAUGGUUCGGUCUACACUGAAUUCACCGAUGACGUGGCGUCUCUCCUCGGCACUAAUACCAUCAUCGGCAGGGCCAUAGUGUUGCACAAGGAUACAGACGAUCUUGGCAGGGGUGGUUACUCCGAUAGUCUGACCACGGGACACGCCGGCGCGCGCCUCGCUUGCUGUAUCAUCAACGAAGUCGUCACAGUGUAGGACGAGUCCGGUACCUAACCUAAAUGGAACCGUGUUUAACGUGCUGGGUUUAAAACCGUGAGGAAUUUGCAUCCAUGCAACUGCGCAUGCUCUGUAAUGAAAGACUGCUCAAUACUUUGGCUCGAUCCAAGACGAAACAAAGCACAUUAUCGCAAACACAGAGUUUUGGUUUGGAAAGUUUUUGCCAAAAGGAUUUAGUUUUCGCAAGACACAAGUGAUUGACAUUUUCAGUCCUGGUGUCUGGUAUGUACUUUGAAUAAAUUACUUGUUUGGAACGAAGUCUUGCACAAUA